AUGGUUAACUUCAAUGCUAACAAGUGCCCUAAGGGCAUUGUUCAAGGAAUCUAUAAAAAGAAAAUUUGUCUUGAAAAUACCCGUCAAACACUUGUAAAAGAGAAAAAGCUGAUGGAAGAAAUUGAACGGCUUAAGGAUGAAAUCCAUGGUUGUGAUGAGAAUGUCCAGAACCGUAGAUCGAAUAUUACUUCUAUGGAAUCUCAAAUUGCUCAGUCACGUGAAGGGUUUAAUAUUUAUAAAGAAAAGAGAGAUAGACUUCAUGACAAGAGGAAGUUCGUAUAUCCUGUCGUUUUUUGUGAUGUUUGUGUGUUUUUUGUGGAUGAAAAACGAAUUGUAAAACAGAAGUUAUCGUCUUUAUGGAACCAAGAGAAUGGAUUAACUGCUGAAAUUGAUAAACUGCGAGCAGAAGUUGAAAAGGCUGAAAAGAGUCUUGAUAAUGCAAUUCCUGGCGAUGUUAGAAGAGGGUUGAAUUCAGUUCGGAAGAUCUGCAAAAGUUAUAAUAUCUCGGGAGUUCAUGGUCCAAUUAUUGAGUUGCUGAACUGUGAUGAAAAAUUUUUCACCGCAGUUGAAGUGACUGCAGGAAACAGCUUGUUUCACGUGGUUGUUGAAAAUGACGACAAGUCAACUGAGAUAAUUAAACAUCUUAAUCGACAAAAAGGUGGACGCGUUACAUUUAUUCCACUCAACAGAGUAAAUGCUCCUCGUGUCACUUAUCCACAAAGUUCUGAUGUCAUACCUCUUUUAAAGAAAUUGAAUUUUAAACAUGACUACACUCCGGCAUUCAGCCAGUUUAUCUUAAUUCUAAUAUGGUUUAUCUGGUUUCAUCAUAACAUGAUAAAAUUGAUGCAAGUGAAGCGUGUUGAAUUAGGACAAUGUGAUAUUAAAGGAUUAUUUUCCGCCACUACCUGGAGGGCUUUUGAUUCCAAUCCAUGCUCAUGGCUUGGCGUUCAAUGCGACCAUAACAACCAUGUGGUUUCCCUUAACCUCACUGCUCAUGGUAAUUUUGGUCAACUUGGACCACAAAUUGGAAACCUUUAUCACUUGCAUACUCUUUUGUUGUUGGAUAAUGGUUUCUCAGGAAAAGUGCCUUCAGAGUUAAGCAAUUGUACUUUGCUUGAGAAUUUAGACCUUUCUGGGAACAAAUUCAUUGGAAAUAUACCAUAUAGUUUGAAUAAGUUGCAAAAUUUACGGUUUAUGAGUUUGUCUUCCAAUCUGCUGACUGGUGAAAUUCCAGAUUCCGUGUUCGAAAUUCAAUCUCUAGAAGAAGUGAAUCUGCACAAUAACCUUCUUACUGGUCCUAUCCCAACAAAAGUUGGAAACUUGACUCAACUGUUGAGAUUGUAUCUAUAUGAUAAUCAAUUGUCAGGGAAUAUUCCUUCAUCCGUUGGUAAUUGCAGUAAAUUACAGGACCUUGAAUUGUCUUUCAAUCGUUUGAGAGGCGAAAUUCCGGUAAGUGUUUGGAGAAUUCAAAGUCUUGUGCACAUCUUGAUUCACAACAACAGUCUCUCCGGGGAACUACCUAUCGAGAUGACAAAUCUCAAGUAUCUAAAAAACAUCUCUUUGUUUGAUAAUCAGUUCUUAGGAAUCAUACCUCAAAGCUUGGGAAUCAACAACAGCUUAGUGAAGUUGGACUGCAUGAAUAACAAAUUCAGUGGUAAUAUCCCACCCAAUCUUUGCUUUGGAAACAAUUUGUUAUUCCUCAACAUGGGAAUCAAUCAACUUCAAGGUGGCAUACCCUCUGAUCUAGGAAGAUGUGAAACUCUGAGGAGGUUAUUUCUCAAUGAAAAUAAUCUCACCGGGUCUCUUCCUGAUUUUGAAAGUAAUCUGAACUUGAAUUACAUGGACAUGAGCAACAACAAUAUGAGUGGACCGGUUCCAUCAAGUUUGGGAAAUUGCGUAAAUGUCACAUACAUUAAUUUUUCAUGGAACAAGUUUGGAGGGUUCAUACCAUCAGAUCUUGGUAGACUUGUGAAUCUUGUGGUUUUGGAUCUUUCUCACAACAACUUGGAAGGUCCAUUGCCUUCUCAACUGUCAAAUUGUACUAAAAUGGAUCAUUUUGAUGUAGGGUUCAAUUUCCUAAAUGGAUCUCUCCCGUCAAGUUUGAGAAAUUGGACAGUCCUAACCACAUUGAUUUUAAGAGAAAAUCAAUUCACAGGAGGUAUCCCACAGUUUUUGGCAGAACUUAUAAACAUUCGCGAGUUACAACUUGGUGGAAAUUUGUUUGGUGGAAAGAUUCCUCGAUGGAGGGGGAGAUUGCGCAAUUUGUUCUAUGGAUUAAAUAUGAGUGCUAAUGGAUUGACAACUCUCGCUGAGUUGUCACACCCGUGCUAUCACCCCAUCCAAACAGAGUGUACGCCAAACCUUUCUAGGCAUAGAGAAAACACAGGUUUUGGAUGCCACGGGCCUUUGCACCUUUUGAGGUGUAAUCAGUCCUCCCAAUAA